AUGCCUUCACCCUUAAAUACAGACCGUGGUCAACCAUGGUCUGCACCUCUUAGAAAAAUACGUCACUGGUUAGUUGCCGGAACUGACGGAUCAAGUCAUCAACAACGCGAGAUAUACCCUCUCAACUUUUGGUUUUGCGUCUUUGUUCUAUUUCUGACAAGACUUGGAUCUGAGCUUCUUGCAUACCCCUGGCCCAACCUCUUGGUGACUGCCGUCUGCCGACAUUACUACCAAAACGAAGAUGGCCAUCAUGGCGAUCCUUCCAAUGAAUUCUGUGACGAUGAGCGGGUGAUACACCACUGGUUAUCUAUGAUCAGGUUGAUACAGUUCCUGGCGCCGCUCGCUGCUACUGUGGCCCUGAUUCCCAUGGGAAUCCUUUUGGACAAGGGAAAAGGACGUCUUGCUUUUACAAUCAGCAUCAUUAGCACAGUUAUUUACUGGGGAUCCAUUGCCAUUUUCGGGCUUGUGCGAGUCUUUCCUCUUUGGUGUUUUUAUAUUUCACCCGUCUUUCUGCUUUUUGGCGGCGGGCCUUGGGCAAUCAACGCUCUUGUCUUUGCCACUCUAAGUCGCACUGUUAGACCAGAACAGAGAACCACCGCCUUCUCCUUCUUACAAGGCCUCGGAGGUAUUCCUGGUCUUGUAGGCCCACUUCUCUAUACAGCAUCGAUGGGUCCUGACCUCUGGGUCCCGAUUAUGCUUGCUCUCAUUAUCUACUCUUUAACCCUCUUACCAGCACUGCAUAUUAAAAAUAACAAUAAUCAAAAUGGCGAUGAUAGCGAAGCAGGAGACGAGGAGAUACCGGACGAGGCCCAGCCUUUGCUCAACCCUGGUCAUAGCUCCCCCCGUCAAGCCAUUCAUCUCAGCCAGACCGGCGCAGGAGGGCUUGUUCAAAAGCUCAACAUCUCCAUCAUAUGCUUUGCCUGUUUCUUUGGUUUCUAUCUUGCCAAGGGAACCAUCAUGUAUACCGCAAUUUGGGCCUGGUCAAGAAUUGGACACGAUAUGCUCUACUUGGAUGUAUUCAUCUACAUACACGCCGUUGUGCUAUCCAUACUAUUUUUAAUCGUUCUACCUUUGACCAUCUACAGGCUGGACAGAAAUUGGAGAGUCGCCAAGAGAGACGUCAUUCUGUCUUUAGCAUGCAUCGCUUGCUGUGCAGUCGGUACUUUCGUCGUCUUCUUCGCGCCAAACCUUGCGACUGCUAUCAUUGGAUUCAUCAUUGCGGUCUUAGGAUACGUCAUGCCUCUUUCUUUGCGGUCGUUCCUUGCUUCACACUUUGAAAAGAGCUUCUCUGGGCGACUAUUCGCAGGCAUCGCCGUAGUGGAGACAAUCGGUAGUCUCAUCAGACAGCCCCUUAUGACAGUCAGCUACUACACUGAGAGUACUCCUUUCAUUAUAUCGCUGAUCACGUAUCUUAUCAUGCUUUUGUUGCUUGUCAGGCUUGCAAUUAGACUUUGA